AUGGCAAAGAAUCCUCCAGAGAACUGUGAGGACUGUCACAUUCUAAAUGCAGAAGCUUCUAAAUCCAAGAAGAUAUGUAAAUCACUUAAGAUUUGUGGACUGGUGUUCGGUAUCCUCGCCCUAACUCUAAUUGUCCUGUUUUGGGGGGGCAAGCACUUCUGGCCUGAGACACCCAAAAAAACAUAUGACAUGGAGCACACUUUCUACAGCAACGGAGAGAAGAAGAAGAUUUACAUGGAAAUUGAUCCCGUGACCAGAACUGAAAUAUUCAGAAGUGGAAAUGGCACUGAUGAAACAUUGGAAGUACAUGACUUUAAAAAUGGAUACACUGGCAUUUACUUUGUAGGUCUUCAAAAAUGCUUCAUCAAAACUCAGAUUAAAGUGAUUCCUGAAUUUUCUGAACCAGAGGAAGAAAUAGAUGAGAAUGAAGAAAUUACCACAACUUUCUUUGAACAGUCAGUGAUUUGGGUCCCAGCAGAAAAGCCUAUUGAAAACCGAGACUUUCUUAAAAAUUCCAAAAUUCUGGAGAUUUGUGAUAAUGUGACCAUGUAUUGGAUCAAUCCCACUCUAAUAGCAGUUUCAGAGUUACAAGACUUUGAGGAGGAUGGUGAAGACCUUCACUUUCCUACCAAUGAAAAAAAAGGCAUUGAACAAAAUGAGCAGUGGGUGGUCCCUCAAGUGAAGGUGGAGAAGACCCGUCACACCAGACAAGCAGCAAGCGAGGAAGAACUCCCGAUCAAUGACUAUACUGAAAAUGGAAUAGAAUUCGACCCCAUGCUGGAUGAGAGAGGUUAUUGUUGUAUUUACUGCCGUCGAGGCAACCGCUACUGCCGCCGCGUCUGUGAACCUUUACUAGGUUACUACCCGUAUCCAUACUGCUACCAAGGAGGGCGGGUUAUCUGUCGUGUCAUCAUGCCUUGCAACUGGUGGGUGGCCCGCAUGCUGGGGAGGGUUUAA